AUGCUUCUCUACCGAGACUUGGACAAGUUCUGCGCUGCUCUCGGCGAAGGAAACAAAACCUAUCGGGACUGCAAACAUUCCCUCGACAUGAAAAAUAUCUUCACGGUGGCCACGUUUCCGCGUAAAUACCAGGAGCUACUACUGCGCCCUUACAUCACGCAUCUUCACGGCUUCCCCCACUUCCAAAUACCCACUUAUGUCAGCUCUGAGCUUGGCCAAAGCGCACUGACGUCUAUCAAACAUCUUGCCUGGUCUCAUCCGGACAAUGUCAUCCAAUGUUUUACCCAAAAGCAUGCUCUCGCAGUCGCGCAGUUCCUCGCCAACGAUUACACAACAAGCCCUCAGAACUUGCCAGUCCGCCAUCGCGCAACUUUUCUACCUGAAGCAGAGCGGGGACUGGAACACAAUAAUCAUUGUUGGAGGCGCUAA